AUGGGUCAAGGACAAGGUCUAUCCGCCUCUGAUUCUGAUGUUCUAUUCGAAGAAUCUGAAUCACAAGAACAACAAUAUCAGAAAGUAAUCUCUGCACAAGAGAUGGCAAAAUAUCAAAAAGUGAUCAAGUCAAAAUUGUCGGAAUUAACUUGUUUCGGUAGCAUUCCACCACUUGUUUUGAAUGAUUUGCUUUCGAAUCUAUUCCUGAAAGACUCUAUAAAAAAGUAUUACCUCUCAUCUACACCUGAAGGUACCAUUGAAUAUUUGGGAAGUUUGUUGACAAUUUACGAAACCAACGAUAAAAAUCAACACAAUUUCUAUCGUAAUGUAAAAUUGAAUCAAUAUGUGACGGAAAUGAAUGAAAGGCAAAAGAUUCCACACGAUAAAAUUUUAAAAGUGAGAUUAGUUUUGAUUCAGACACCCAAAGACUAUUCUACUUUGAAUUUAUUUGAUUUACUUUCACCAGUUUUGGAUAAUUUUUCAGGGCUCUCUCCAUCCCAAGCUUUUAAUUUAGCCAAUAAUGAGGAAAAUUUUGAAAAUCAACCAAUUACAGAUGUUCAAUUAACACCUGCAAUUGCUAUUGGACCAUUUUUGUUAUAUUAUAAUUCAUUAGGUCUUGUAAUUCCUAAAAGAGUUGUUGGCGAAGCAUCAUUUAUUCUUUCAGAAAUUGAUCCAUUUGCUUGUAUAUAUUUAAAUGAUGAAACUCUCCAUCGGUUGUCAACCAUAGUUUUUGAUUGGAAUAUCACUGCGAGAUACUCUGUACAAACCAAUAAUUCACAACAUUUUGUUGAUUCACUGGCUACUCUAUUCAAAAUUUCAUUGGUUGAUAAUCCAACACUUGCUGAAUAUUUAAAAUCUGUGAGAUCGAACGGAAUUGGUGAUUGCACAAUACCUUUCUCUGAAGCAUUUAGGGAACAGUUCAAAGUUAAGAAAACUGAAAAAACAUUCACAGAUAGAAAUGAGCUUUUGACUUUUACUUCCAAAUUGGCUCAACGUAAAUUUUCCAAAGAAUCAUUUCCAAACGAAUGGAAAUUAUUCCACAAUUUUGAAAGAAUGUUUUGGAGUGAAAUGAUCCAGAGAGAGAAAUACUAUUUACUUGCUCAUAAAGCAAAGGAAAUCAAACGGAGCAGUGUGGACAAUCCAACAAGACACUCCAUCUCAACCUCGACCAUUGAAGAGAAUAUCUUUGGAGAUGGAACCAAACUUUUUGCAAAAUUACCAACUGUUCAUGAUUGGUUUUAA